AUGCCUCAUGAUCAGAAGCGUAAGCUCCAUUCUCGGAAAAAAAGGUACCAGGCCAGAGGUGCGGCUCAGGCUUACGGAGAUGCUGAGGAAAUAGCAGAAGAAGCAUCAGAAGCAGCAGAAGAGUCUUCUGCCAAAUCUCAGAGCCAGCCUGGGGCUGAGUAUUCCAGCAAUCACAGAGCACCUCCGAAAGCAAAACCAUCUGCCAAACUUAUUCUGAGUAGCUCUUCCUCAGAAUCAGAUGAAAGUUCCUAUGAGGAAAGUGAGCCAAGUAUACAAAAGGAUCGCCCUUUUCUGCACCAAGAUCUGAUCGAAAGGCGGGUGGCAAUACUGUUACAGUACCUGCUCCACAACUACAAUUUGAAGCAGCUCACUACCAAGGAAGAAAUGAUGAAGGUUAUCACCAAGAAAUAUGAAAAAGACUUUCCUGAGAUCCUCAGGAAAGCCUCUGAGAAGCUGGAAGAUGCCUUUGCAGUGGAAGUGAGGGAAGUCAGCUCCAGUCAGCCCUCAUACGACCUCAUCAGCAAGCUGAAGCUCCCCAACAAUGGAAGGAUCCGUGCUGGUAAAGGCUUACCCAAGACCGGUUUCCUGAUGAGUAUCCUGGGUAUCAUCUUCAUUCAAGGCAACAGCGCCAGUGAAGAAGACAUUUGGAAAAUCCUGAAGAAGAAGCGAAUCUAUCCAGGGAAGAAGCACCGCAUCUUUGGUGAGCCCCGGAAGCUCAUGACCCAGUAUUUGGUGAAGCUGAAGUACCUGGAGUACCGGCAGGUGGCCCACAGUGAUCCUCCACGCUAUGAGUUCCUGUGGGGUCCCCAAGCCCAUGCUGAAACAAGCAAGAUGAAGGUCCUGGAAUAUUUGGCCAAGAUCAACAAAACAACACCUCAUGCCAUCUCAGCCCUUUACCAAGAGGCUUUGAAAGAUGAGAAAGAGCGAGCAGAAGUCAGAGAUGAAGAUAAUACUGAUACCACUGACCAAUCUACUGAAGGUUCCCCAGAAAAAUCACCAACAGCUUCUACCACCCCUGUUGACACUUGA